AUGGCCAACGUCACGGAUAUUUCAUCCGCCGCCAAGGGAUCGCUAUUCUCCACCCCAGGCACCCCAUCUCACUCAUACUUUACAUACCUUGUUCUUGCUGUUACUUCGUAUGCAUUAUUAGUAAACUUCCUUCGCUUUCGCCUGGUGAAAUGGAUGCACGCAAGAUAUAAUUACCCUACUCGCGAGUCCUUCGCUCAUAUGACCGACGAUGACGCCUGGGCAAUUCAGAAGACCAUGCUAGAGCAGGAGUUUCCUUUUUUCUACCUGAAGUCCCUUCAGUUCGCCCUCUUUCGGACCUACGGCAUCCCAUCCAUCUCUAAAGUCCUCGUAGACACGGCACAGUUUUCGAAGCCGGAUACAUCGCUGAAGCGCUACGCUGACACAGUGGUCUUGAUUCAAGAGUUCGUUGGCAAUGCUCCAUCUUCAACGCGUGCUCGAACCUCCAUUGCGCGCACCCGCUGGAUGCAUAAAGGUUAUCGUGCGUCUGGUAAGAUCCUCGAAGACGAUAUGCUGUACACUCUUGCGCUCUUCGCUGUACAGCCCGUCCGCUUCCUGAAGAAGUAUGAAUGGCGAAGCGCGACCGAUUUGGAACAGUGUGCCAUCGGUACUUUCUGGAAGAGUAUCGGUGAUAACCUCAACAUCAGCUACGAUGCCUUGCCAUCGGGAAAGAAGGGAUUCAAAGAUGGCCUCCAUUGGUUGGAGGAGGUAAUGGCUUGGAGCGACGAAUACGAAGCGACGUGCAUGGUACCGCACAUCAAGAACCGCCAAACAGCCGACCAGACCACAGAAGUGCUGCUCUACAUGGUCCCAGAAGCUUUCAAACAUGUUGGCCUGAAAUUCGUAUCCUACAUGAUGGAUGAUCGUUUGCGGAAAGCCAUGAUGUACGACCCACCACCAGCGGCUUACGCUCGGUUUUUCUCGAUCUUAUUGACAGUGCGCCAGUUUGCCAUGCGCUACCUCGCCCUUCCCCGGCCUUAUCUCCUACGGUAUAAGACUUUUACCGACCCGGACGGGCAUGGCCGCAUUUUCUCCACCGAUUGGGAUGCGGCCCCAUACUAUGCGAAACCGAGUCUGCGGAAUCGCUGGGGACCGGUUGCCUGGCUGACCUGGGCUUUCGGCCGACCUCUUCCGGGCGAUGAGGGCUCUAAAUAUUACCCACAAGGAUACUACAUCCCUGAUGUAGGACCGAAAUACUUUGAGGGCCGUGGCCGAAAGGAGUUGGACCAGAUCACGAAGGAGCUGGAAUCGUCACUGAAUUACAAGAUGCUCGUCGGAAACUUUGCGAGGGAGUCUCUUCAAGGCCUUUAUAGCAGUUACCUUUAG